ACCAAUGAAAAUAGAGGUGGGUGGGGAAUAAGUAUUUGCUGGCGUUACGUCAACACCGCAGGCUCGCAGCAGCAGACCUACAAACCCCUGUGCCUUGACAGAUCUGACAUUGCAAGGUGUGAACACGAUGGCGGCAGCUUCGCCAGCUCUGGACCCGGACCUGCUCCGGGAGGUCCUGGAGUGCCCCAUCUGCCUGGAGACUUACAACCGGGAGCAGCUGAGGCCCAAGCUCCUGCAGUGUGGCCACACAGUGUGCAGACAGUGUCUGGAGAAGCUGCUGGCUAGCACCAUCAACGGCGUGCGCUGUCCCUUCUGCAGCAGGGUCUCCCGCAUGAGCAGCAUCUCCCAGCUGGCUGACAACCUCACUGUGCUCAAGAUCCUGGACUGGGUCAGCUCCUGCACCACCACCCUCAUGUGCAAGUCCUGCCACAUCCGCCUACCCCGACAGUACUGCCUUGACUGCGGCAUCGUGCUCUGUGACCUCUGCAAGAGUGAGGGCCAUCAGCAGCAGGGCCAUGCCGUCCAGCCCAUCCGGGUGGCCGCUGAGCAGCGCCGGAAGGACCUGGGCGGUAAACUGGCGUCCCUCCACGAAGCCAUGGGCCACAUCCAGCAGAAAAAAGUGACCAUUGACAGUGUGACAAAGAACAUGCGGGUGAAGUCCCGGGCAGUGCAGCAGGAGUAUGCCCGGGCUGAGCUGCGUCUGCAGGAGGAGCUGGGGCACCAGCGGCGGACCUUCGCUGCCUCCAUGGCCAAGGUGGAAAAGCUGAAUGGGCACAUCCUUGAGGAGCAGACGUACCUGCUGAACCUGGCCGAAGUGCAGGUGGUGUCCCGAUGCGACUACCUCACCAUGCGGGUGAAGCAGAGCGACAUCACCCUGCUGGAGGAGGACGGAGGGGGAAACGAUGAGGAGGAGCUAGACCUGAGGAGCUGCCUGGACCUGCCUACGCUACUCAAGCUCCAGGACCCUGAGCUGUUGACGAUGGAGCAUCCCGAGGCCCUGGAUGUGGCCCACCUCACCACCAAGCCCUGCACCGUCAACACUGAUGAGGGGCUGCUGGAGUUUAGAGCCGGGGUUGGGGUUGAUGCCAUGUGCGGGACUGUGGGGAUUGCAGGGGCCCCGCUGGACCUGUAUAGAGACAUUGAUAUGUUAAUGUCUGUAGAAAAGGCUGUGUGUGCCUCCCCGGGCAACUUUAAGUCCAUGGAUGAAGGGGGGGCCUCCUCGCCCGGUGCAGAGGCCAGGGCCAGCUCUGGGCCACAGCACUGCCAGUUUGUAAAGAAGAUGGGUUGCAAGGGCAACCUGCCGGGGAUGUUCAACCUACCGGUUAGCAUCUGCGUCACCCCGCAGGGCGAAGUCCUGGUGGCCGACCGGGGGAACUACCGCAUCCAGAUCUUCAACCGCAAAGGCUUCCAGAGGGAGAUCCGUCGCAAUCCCAGCAGCAUCGACAACUUUGUCCUGAGCUUCCUGGGCGCUGACCUGCCCAACCUCAUCCCGCUGUCCAUCGCCAUCACUCCUCAGGGCCUUAUUGGGGUCACUGACAACUACGACAACUCAGUCAAGGUGUACACCAUUGACGGCCACUGCGUGGCCUGCCACAAGAACCAGCUAAUAAAGCCCUGGGGCAUUGCAGCCAUGCCCACGGGUCAGUUCGUGGUCUCGGACGUGGAGGGCGGCAAGCUCUGGUGCCUGGCCGUAGACCGCAACGUGGGCGUAGUCAACUACAACCGUCUGUGCUCGGCAGUGCGGCCCAAGUUUGUGACGUGUGACUCAUCGGGCACCAUCUACUUCACCCAAGGAUUGGGCCUGAACAUUGAGAACCGCCAUAAUGAGCACCACCUGGAGGGGGGCUUCUCCAUCUGCUCGGUGGGGACAGAUGGCCAGCUGGGCAAGCAUCUCAGCCACUUCUUCUCGGAGACAGAGGACUUCCGUUGCAUCACGGGAAUGUGCGUGGAUGCCAACGGGGACCUGCUGGUGACGGACAGUGGCAGGAAGGAGAUCCUGCAGUUCCCCAAAGAGGGCGGCUUUAACGUGCUCAUCCAGGAGGGACUGACAUGCCCUGUGGGCGUGGCCGUCACUGAGAAAGGACAGCUGAUGGUGCUGGACUGCUGGGACCACUGUGUGAAAGUCUACUCGUACCUACAGAGGAGACGCUUCUCCACCUGCUAGGUGCUAAGAAACUACAAAUCCAAUUGUGUGUGUGUCACUUUAGUGUAAAAGGCUGCAUUCCAAACAACUUUUGCUCCUCCAUGAUCUGACUUCUAGUCAGUGCUUAGCAGGUCAUAUAAUGAGUCACUGAUCCCCAGUCAGUCGGUGGGACUGGCUAGGAGCACACUGGAACCAAGCCGGUGUCUAUCUACAAUUCGAGCUGCCUCUUUGAUUUGAUGGAUCACAGCACUAAAGACGACAAUAAGUGUUGUCACAUUGGGGUGGAGGGAAACUGGUAUGUCAAUCAACGCACAACAUUUUUUAUAUUUUAACUGCUGUAAUGUACAAAAUAUUAGGGCCGGGUUGAUACCUGUAUUGCGAUACUCGUUAGUAUAGUAGCAAGGACACAAAACACGAAGCAAAUUUAACUUCUUUGGGAAAACGGCCCUAAUGUUGGAAACAAACAUCAUUAUGUUGUCAUCGAGUCACAUUUAUUCUUUUCCAAUCUAUAGAACACUAUUGUACAUACAGCAGGUUUUUAAAGGACCAAAGAGUUUGGUCUGCAUAGUUUUUUUUGCCAUUUAAUAUUUUUUUUUUUAUACUGGUAUCGUCACAGCCAUACAAAAUGAUAUUUCUGACAAUUACUAAGCCUAAUGGCAUGGCAAGAAAAUGUAUUGCAAAAAAAGAAUUGCGCUUACAGCCUUUUAUCAAUUUAGAAGGCAUGUCUAAUCAAACCUCUAACUUAAAUCUAUAGGGAUGGGAUCAUGGACUUGAUCGUUAUAACCCAGCCAUCCAAUAAAAAGUAUUGUGUUGGAGCUCUUCGGGGUACAUCUUCAACGUGCAAAUGAGUGAAGUUGCCUGUAGACACACAGCUCUAGGAUCAGCUUACCCUCCCUCAAGGCUAACUUUAACAUUUAGUGUAUGCACAGUUUAUUCUAAAAUAGGUAGAACUAGGCAUCUAUUUCCUAUUAUAUUUUUUCAUUUCCAUGAUUGUUGCAGAAUACAUUCCUCACCUUUUCUGACUGAUGGUUUCCUACUCGCGAAGUAGCCUGUCGCCUACGUCUGAUCUCUUAUUUAAUUGGACCCAUUUCGCAGUAGUAAAUAGAUAUGCUAUUUCAAGUAUUUUGCUCUAUGCGAUCCGGAGCGUAGUUUAACGCUAGAACGGAUGUUUCACCUUUUCCAUUUACGUCUUUGUCAAAUGUCUCGCGUAAACAAUAUUUAAUUUAUAAACAUAUUUUCAUAGCCAUUGCUGAAAAAUUCCUCCACUUUUUUUUUUUUCUGGCCAUGAUGGGUUCGUAUUCCCGAAGUAGCUUUAGCCUACAACAAAUUACCAUGCGCAUCUCUCGUUUUAAUUGGGCCUAUUAGAUAGGCUUUUAUUUAAAAGUAUUUUGCUUUAUGCAUCCGAAAGGUAGCGCGGUUUAGAAUAUACAGUAUAAUUUAACAGAAACAGUUGAUCUUUUUCAUUGAAGUGUGUAGGCUACCACUGUAAGUAGGCCUACUGUAGUUUUAUAUUUUUACUCAAUGUUUUUAGAAUUCGCGGGUAGUGCAGCAUAAUUAAGUUCUGCAAAAAGUAAACAAAGUAUUAUUGAAUUGAAACGAUCUACAGGUUUAUAACAAUUUCCCAUGAUUUCUUUCUUUCAGAUACAGAAAAUGUCACUGUAAAAGUUUAAAACAUCCCGCCAACACCUCCAGAGACAUUUGGUCAAGUUCGUCAUUGCUAUUUCCUUUAGAAACUUCCAUACGUAUAUACAAUUUGUUCAGUGAUUGUGUUUUUUCAUUUCUUGUACUCUCAUGAGACAUUUGAAACCAUAUUUGUCGACUCACCAAAGGAUUUCAAUUCAGGAUAUGUCAGGCAGCAUGCUAACCUUGUCACUGCAAUAGUCUGUCACUACAAAAUUAUUUCUGAAAUUAUCAUUACAGAUAUUCCAAACUUAACUAUUACAAUAUUAAAAUGCUAGAAAAAUCAAGUGUCCUUGUUUCAAUGUGAUGAAUAACAAGACUGUUGCUGUCUGUUUUUAAUGGUAAUUUUUUUAUUGUUCACUCAACUUAACUGGAGAAGAGAUGCAUUUAUUUUAGGGCUGUGAAACAAAUAAAUAUUUUUAAAUAAGGUUAAUUGCAGGAUUUUCUUGGAUUAAUCGCAAACAUUUGAAAUUGCUCAAAUUGAGCUGUAAUUUAAGAUGUUUUAUACCAAAAGCAUUACAAGAAUAUCAAUAUCUUGAUUUUGUCCAAAGUAACGGUAAGCAAAAUCUGGUAAAUUAAUAAAGCGCACUUUCUUUAACCUCAAUGUCAAGUUGUUUUGACAUCACAUUGUUGUUUUUAGCUCUAUAGAUUAUUUGGGAUAUUUUCAGUGAAUUUUAAACGCUUUCAAACAAUGCGAAUAAUCACGCAAAAAAUAAGUGCACUUUUUGUAAUUUAACUUGAGUUAAAGGCCCAAUGUAGACAUUUUCAUAUCAAUAUAUCAAAUAAGGACCUUACUGUAAGAUUUACAUUAAAAUGGGCAAAAUAACCUUUUUAUUUUGGGGGGAACUCACUAUUAUUGGUCAAUUUAUGGGAUGGUGAAGUCACAAUGGAAAGCACACACAUAGAGAAUGAUAGAGGCCUCUAGUGGCCAGAAUUCGGUUUUAGCACAGGCAGCGCCAUUGAGGACUUCCACCAUUUUAAUAUAGUCAACUGGGUGAGACUUCCAACUUCAUUGGCUGAUCCCUCCUUGUGACCCUGUUGGAGACUACUUUAAAAUGGAGAUAGUAUGGGCAGUGCCACUGAGGCUGUCACCGAUGCCAUAAUGGUACGGAUACAAUGAGGCCUCUAUGGCCAAAACUCCCGCCAGGACCUUCUAAUCUGCUGAUUAUAAGGUCCUGUGUAUAUUGUAUUUUCAGCAAGAAAGUAUCAGGUAAUAACUCAGCUGUUGUACAAUAUGAUACAAAAAUAAAUGAAUUUUGACUCCGCUGGGCCUUUAACUGAUUAACUCGGACAGCCUUCAUUUCUUUAGACCUACAUGUAAUUGCCUAUUUCCUCCUGAGUUUGUGUUUUUUUUUUAAAUUUUUUUUUAUAAAUACUACUGGGUCUUCUUGAGUGUUCUGUUUCUGUAUGCAUGUGUUGAACCAACCCAUGUGUCUUUCAGAAGUUUCGCCUUUGGUGGAGGCAGUGACUUUACAGUGUGUUACUAUUGUAUCAGAUGAGUUUCUGUGUAACACGAGGCUCAAUUUCAUGUUUGUAAUGUUAUCUAUUUAGUGCAAUAAACCCAACAUGAAUGAA